AGACUAUGUUCAGUGCAUUCUCAUCUUCAUUCGACCCCUUGGAUUAUCAUUUCAUAUGGCAUCAGCGUUCAAUUUUGGAGGCUGUUGAAGCUUUCAGUUCAAAUGACCUUCACUUGCUAGAUUUAAGUUUUGUUUAUCAAUUGCUUUGUCUUGGGAGGUGCCAUUGGGCUAUCUAUGUCAUUCUGCACAUGUUGUAUCUUGACGAUGCCCCAUACAUUCAUGAGAAAUUAAUCAGGGAAGUUUUAUCACAGUAUUGCGAGUCAUGGAGUAGAGAUGAUGCUCAAAGGCAGUACAUUGUAGAACUUGGUAUACCAGAAGAAUGGAUGCAUGAAGCUCUGGCUCUUUAUCACGAAUACUAUGGAGAUAAACAGGGCGCACUGGAGAAUUUGAUUCAGUGUGACAAUGGAAGAAAGCUCAUAUUAUUUUCGUGACUUCUGUUGCUCAUUCUAUGUUUCUGUCAUCUAACCAUCAGGAGGUCUGGAGGAUCACAAGUGCCUUGGAGAACCACAAGUAUGAAAUUGCUGACUGGGACCUUGGUGCCGGAAUAUACGUAGACUUCUACGUUUUGAAGAACUCAAUGCAAGAAAGAAAUGCCAUGGAUGAUUCGGGUUCACUCGAGGAGAUGAGUAAAUCAUGCAGAAGUUUCUUUGGCCGAUUAAACGAGUCGUUGUUAGUCUGGGGAAGCAAAUUACCUGUUGAGUCAAGUGUCAUGUUUGACAGGGCAUGCUACUCGAAGAUGGCAGAGGAGCUAUGUGCGCUUCUGGUGGACACCCCAAGCGAGACGCUGAACCUACCCAUGGGGUGUCUUCUAACGAUGCUCAACGCUCCAGUUCCGGACGAGAGCAGGUCGUCGUACCUGCAGGACGCACUCUCCGUCUUCACCGAAAUCCUUUGCAGCGAUCCGUAGCACAAGGGUCCACGGUGUUGCCGUAAUCUGGGUGAAGGGAAGUGAAGCCUACAGGCAACACGCCGAAGAGUUUGUACGUCUCAUGUUUGGUACUUGUAGAAAAAUUAGGAAUGUAUAAC